UUUUUCUCCAUAUAGUGGACUUCACUGGGGUUCAACGGGUUGAAGGUCCAAAUGUCAGUUUCAGUGCAGCUUCAAAGAGCUCUACACGAUCCCAGACUUUUCAAAUACACACAAUACAUUCACAUGUUAGUGUAUUAUAUAAAAAUUGUAAAUCAAUGCUUUUCAAAUGACCAAAACAAUAUCUAUUUGAAUUGCCGCCAAAGCACUUCCUUGAACUAUCUUAAGUCUGCAGAUUGCGCCCGCCCUUUUCUGUCACCUGAGGUGGUUAUCAAAGUACAAAGUUCAUCUGCUUAUGUAGGCAUUUUAUGAAAACAGAAACAACUUUACUCUAUUAUCAAAGCGUUGAGUUUCUUUCAUUUAGAGUUUAGAUUGAUGGAACAUCAUGGAGGUCAGCGUUAUGAAGACCUGUCCACGGAUACAUUUCCGCACAGUUCAGUCCAAGUACAAGGACCAAAGUCAUCAGAAUCCAGCUGUGUGUCCAUCAAGAGUGACUGGUCAGUGGAUCCUCCACUUAAGCUUAGUGGACACACUGAUCCUGGGAUUAGACUGGACCACCCAGAAUCCAGCUGUGUGUCCAUGAAGAGUGACUACUCAAUGGAUCCUCAACAUAACUUUAGUGGACACACUGAUCUUGGGUUUAGACUGGACCCUCCAGAAUCCAGCUGUGAAUCCAUGAAGAGUGACUGCUCAAUGGAUCCUCAACGUAACUUUAGUGGACACACUGAUCUUGGGUUUAGUGACCCUCAACAUGCUGAAGCCCUCAAGACAUUUAGAUCAAAUCUGCUGAAGAAGUUUCAGUGUCUGUAUGAGGGAACAGCAAAGCAGGGAAACCCAACUCUCCUCAAUGAGAUCUACACAGAGCUCUUCAUCACAGAGAGUGAAAAUGGGGAGAUCAACAAUGAGCAUGAGGUAAGACAGAUUGAGACACAAUCCAGGAGAACAGCUAAAGAGGACACACCAAUCAAAUGCAAUGACAUCUUUAGACCUUUACCUGGACAAGACAAACCCAUCAGAACUGUGCUGACAAAGGGAGUCGCUGGCAUUGGAAAAACUGUGUCUGUGCAGAAGUUCAUCCUGGACUGGGCAGAAGGGAAAGAGAAUCAGGACGUCCAGCUCAUAUUUCCACUUCCUUUCAGAGAGCUCAACUUAAUGGACAAAACACUCUGUCUUUCAGAUCUUCUUCAUGUCUUUUUCCCUGAAACAAAAGAAAUGAAUCUAUUCAGUGAUGAAUAUAAAGUUGUCUUUGUUUUUGACGGUCUGGACGAGUGUCGUCUCUCUCUGAAUUUUAAUGUGAAACUGUGUAAUAUAUCCGAAUCAGCCUCAGUGGACGUGCUACUGAUGAACCUCAUUGCGGGGAAUCUGCUUCCCUCUGCUCUCAUCUGGAUCACUUCCAGACCAGCAGCAGCUGAUCUCGUCCCCUCUGAGUGUGUCCAUCGAGUGACAGAGGUACGAGGCUUCAAUGAGCCACAGAAGAAGGAAUACUUCAGGAAGAGAAUCAGUGAUCAGAGUCUGGCCAAUGCAAUCAUCAGACACCUGAAGUCAUCAAGGAGCCUCCACAUCAUGUGCCACAUCCCAGUGUUCUGCUGGAUCUCAGCCACUGUUCUAGAGAAGAUGUUGAGUAUAGCAAAGAGAGGAGAGAUUCCCAAGACUCUCACUCAAAUGUACACACACUUCCUAAUCAUUCAGACCAACAUCAAACAUGAGAAGGACUAUGAUAAGAAAAUGAAAAAUGAAGACAUGAUCCUAAAACUGGGGAAACUGGCAUUCCAACAGCUUGUGAAAGGAAACCUGAUCUUCUAUGAGGAAGAUCUGAGAGAGUGUGGCAUUGAUAUGACAGAAGCAUCAGUGUACUCAGGAUUGUGCACUCAGAUCUUCAGAGAGGAGUUGGGCUUGUAUCAGGGGAAAGUCUUCUGCUUCAUUCAUCUGAGCAUUCAGGAGCAUCUAGCAGCUCUUCACGUGCUGCUUUCAUUCCUGCUGUACAAGAGGGAUGUUCUCAAUGAAAACCUCAGCUCAAAACAUGCACAUGAGUUCACGUGUCACAAGUUAUCUGAGCUGCAUCAGAGAGCCGUGGACAAGGCUCUGCAGAGUAGAAAUGGACAUCUGGAUCUUUUCCUCCGAUUCCUUCUGGGUCUCUCACAGGAGUCCAAUCAAAUGCUCCUUAAAGGCCUUCUGACAUGUGUUAGAAAAAUCUCAUACAGCAAAGGGAAAACGAUUGAAUACAUUAAAAUGAAAAUUAGAAUGAAUCCCUCACCAGAGAAAUCCAUCAAUCUGUUCCACUCUUUAAAUGAACUGGGCGAUCAUUCUCUCAUAAAUGAAAUCCAGGAGUAUGUCAGAUCUGGAGGUCUUUCAAGUGCCAGAUUGUCCUCAUCACAGUGGUCAGCUGUUGUCUUUGUUUUAUUAACCUCUGAGCAUUUGGAUGAGUUUAAGUUAAAGAAAUACAUCAGUGAAGGCCAAAUCCACAUGUCACCGGAUGAAGUACUUCAGAAGCUCUUGCCUGUAGUUGAAGCCUCCAGAUCAGCUCAGUUGAAUAAGUGUGAUAUCACAGCUGAAGGUUGUGCUGCUCUGGCUUCAGCUCUGAGAUCAAACUCACACCUCAGAGAACUGAGUCUGUCUGUGAAUAAAAUAGGAGGUCGAGGUCUGACGCUGCUUUCUGAUGGACUGAAGGAUCCUCACUGUAAACUGGAGAAACUGUGGUUAUUUUAUUGUGAUAUCACAGCUGAAAGUUGUGCCGCUUUGGCUUCAGCUCUGAGAUCAAACUCACACCUCAGAGAACUGGAUCUGACUCAGAAUAAAAUUGGAGAUAAAGGUCUGAUGCUGCUCUCUGAUGGACUGAAGGAUCCUCACUGCAAACUGGAGAAACUGUGGUUAUUUUAUUGUGAUAUCACAGCUAAAAGUUGUGCUGCUCUGGCUUCAGCUCUGAGAUCAAACUCACACCUCAGAGAACUGGAUCUGUCUGAGAAUAAAAUAGGAGGUGCAGGUCUGACGCUGCUCUCUGAUGGACUGAAGGAUCCUCACUGUAAACUGGAGAAGCUGAAGUUAAAUACAUGUGAUAUCACAGCUGAAGGUUGUACUGCUCUGGCUUCAGCUCUGAGAUCAAACGCACACCUAAGAGAACUGGAUCUGUCUGUAAAUAAAAUAGGAGGUCGAGGUCUGACGCUGCUCUCUGAUGGACUGAAGGAUCCUCACUGUAAACUGGAGAAGCUGUGGUUUUUUCAUUGUAAUAUCACAGCUGAAGGUUGUGCUGCUCUGGCUUCAGCUCUGAGAUCAAACUCACACCUCAGAGAACUAAGUUUGUCUGGAAAUAAAAUAGGUGAUAAAGGCCUGAUGCUGCUCUCUGAUGGACUGAAGGAUCCUUACUGUAAACUGGAGAAACUGAGGUUGUUUGAUUGUGAUAUCACAGCUGGAGGUUGUGCUGCUCUGACUUCAGCUCUGAGAUCAAACUCACACCUCAGAGAACUGGAUCUGACUCAGAAUAAAAUAGGAGGUCGAGGUCUGAUGCUGCUCUCUGAUGGACUGAAGGAUCCUCACUGUAAACUGCAGAAACUUAGGCUGUUUGAUUGUGAUAUCACAUCUGAAGGUUGUGCUGCUCUGGCUUCAGCUCUGAGAUCAAACUCACACCUCAGAGAACUGGAUCUGUCUGAGAAUAAAAUAGAACAUGGAAGUGUCAAGCAUCUCUCUGCUUUAAAAGAUAAUCCACAUUAUAAACUGGAGACACUAUUGUAUUAAAUGAUGGUGAAUAUGGAGCCACUUCAGAAUCAAUAUCAUCAAAUCCGAAGUUACGGUGACCUUUACUGUACUUUACUGUAUAUAAAUGUUUUGUUUUUUUUGUAUAAGACCUAAUAAAGUCUUCCUCUCAUUCAUGUAUUAGUGAAUUGUUUUUUUUUUUAUUGUUUUUUUUAUCAUCAGUCAUCUCAGUGAAGUGAGCAGCUCAACACAAUCACUACAUUAACAGUACAAUGAACUUCAAAGCUGAGUUUCAUCUGGGUUUCGGGGAACUACAUGUUUUAUAGGGUUUAAUGAUGAUGCUUUUAAUGCCUUUGUCAAAUGUCUUACUGAGAUUGGAUUGAAGCUCAUCUGAAGAGGAUAUUUGCCAUUGUCACAUUAUUAUUUUUCUAUCUUUUCUUGUGUUGAAAGGCAAAUGGCUAUGAUUAAGGUGCAAAUUUGUCAUCACAUGAUCGCAUCACCAUAAGUUAGCCUAUAUCUCUUGAGAAGCAGUAUUUAAAUUGAAUCAGUAAUUCCUUUCAGCACAAACACUUCACAUCUGGAAACACUUCAGGAGUUUUGAAGUCGUCAUCUGGUUGGUUGAAUUCUACAGGAUGUCCGGGGGAUAUGUGUGUCACGUUCUUUAACGGUCCGCUUGGAAAGCUGUGACGCCAAAACCAGCUCGUGGAAGAAAGUCGUCAUGUUUACUACUGUUAAGUAUGAGCGCUUACCAGGAUCAACUAAAAGCUGGAUUUUCAAAAGUAUGUGAAGUUUGCGGCUCCAUUGUUGCAGUAAACUUGCACAACGUUCUCGAAUGAAUAAUUUAUUAGACGCACACCGGUCUGUUAUUGUAGGGACAUCGACUUAUCGACCCCUAAACAUGACGUGGAACAAAACGAACUGUGAUUGGUUGCAUUACAUGUCAGUCAAACGGCCUCUGGGCGGUCCUUGGCCAAUGAAAGCUGCGAUAGAGUCCAGACCUUCUGCCGUCAGUCUGAAGCUCCGGCUAUGCGAGACUAUGUGCUUUGAGACAUGAGGCAGUUUAACACUGUCUCUUAUGAUGCUUUUGUUUGCUCCCUGUGUAACAGAGUUAGGAUUUUAUUUAGUUUUAUUGUGAAAUCUUAUAAAUUCAGCAGCGGGUAAUUUCAUGUUGUACUGGUGCCCUCAUAUGGGUUGUGUGAGAACUACAGGCAAAAAUGUUCGAUAAGACGGGAGAUGACGCAACACAGCAGUUGCAAUGUGUACUGCACGCUGUGGGUGGGUAAGCUUAUGCUCCGUCUCAAUUUAGUUAAAUAUAUUCGAUUAUAAUGCAAAAUAAGUUGAGUUUUUAAGUAUUUUAUGUUUAUGAUUUAGUUAGGGUAAUAUUUUGACCAUUUAAUUUGACUAUUAACAUAUAUUUUAUAAGUUAUUUGGCCUUUCGCCAAUUCUAGUAAGGCCACGGUUAAUGUUAUUUUACAUUUUAUUUAGGUCACUUAUGCCUGCAACAAUACAACCACAAAAGGGUCAUUUAUUUCUUUUUACAGGUAUGUCUUUUUGUAUGUUUUUGUUUAUCAUUACUAUUGUUAUAUGUAAAGUGUGAUUGUGUGUUGCGAUGCUAAUUUUUGUUAAUGCUGUUAUGACGCAACAGAGUUGCAAUGUGUACUGCAUGCUGUGGGUGGGUCACUUAUGCCUGCAGCAAUAUAACCACAAAAGUAUGAUUUAUUUCAUUUUACAGCCUACAGUAAAAAGAAGAAAUACACCAAACCAGCAUUUGUGUUCGUGCAUUUAUUGUUCGGCCAGAGACUGAGCCCGUCGUAGUGUUAGGGCAAACCACCAACUAUUACUAGCCUCUCAGAAAACUGCCUACCCUACCUUUAAGAGGAAGCUCUUACCUAAGAACUUUUAUUGCUAUUUAGGAGAACUCACUUAGUGGUAAGAUAAAAUGUUUGUGAAUAUGGCCCCUGGUAUUUAGCAGGUCUUAAAAUUAGGUCAAUACAACCUCAGAUGAACAACAGCACAUGCCAUAUUACACUGUGUCAUUAUUUUUUUAACACAAAUAAAGCCAAAGUGGAGAAGCCAUGUCUUUCACAUUAUUGAGAGACUGAUAAACAUUGUUUUGGCCCACUCAUCUUUACAUUGUUGCUUCAGUUCAUUGAGGUUUGUGGGCGUUUGUUUAUGCACAGUUCUGUUAAGGUACUGCCACAGCAUUUCAGUCAGGUUGAGGUCUGGACUUUGCCUGGGCCAUUGCAACACCUUGAUUCUUUUCUUUUCAGUCAUUCUGUUGUAGAUUUGCUGGUGUUCUUGGGAUCAUUGUCCUGUUGCAUUACCCAAUUUCAGCCAAGCUUUAGCUGUCAGACAGAUGGCCUCACAUUUGACUUUGGACAGUUGGUAUGAGGUAUAAUCAAACAUAUCUUGUGGAGCGCUCUCGGAGUAUGCAUUAAUUUGUCAUUAACUGUAGGAUAAGGGGUGUAAAGAUGGACUUAAAAGAUUUUUUAUCCUGUUACGCCCUCUAUAGGCCAGGACCAGCGACUAGUUGAUGUCAUGCUUAAAGUGUCAUGGCAGAGCGUUAAAUUCGACUAGUCGAAUCGACUAGUAUCUCCUCAACCACCACCAAUGUGCAGCAUCCACCUGGAUGAUGUGACGGCAGCCAUAUUGCGCCAGAACGCCCACCACACACCAGCUUAUUGGUGGAGAGGAGACAGAGUGAUGAAGCCAAUCAGUAAAUUAUUAUUACUGUUAUUAGUAAG